CCUGAGUCCAGUUGACCCGUCUGUUCUGAAACCUCAUGAUGAUCAGUCUCCAGGAGCUGUGCUCUGGCAUCCCCCUCCACCCCCUACCCCAAAAUAGAGGGCGGGAUGAGGGGGUCCCUCAUUCCCCUGUUCGGACACCCCAACUCUCUGCCCAGGAGGAGAAGCUUGCUUUGGAGAAUUCCUUGCGUUACUUUCCCCCUGAGCAUCAUUCAACGCUGGCCCCGGAAUUUGCGGAGGAGCUGAGACGGUUUGGACACAUCUACAUGUACCGGUUCUGCCCAAGGAUACACAUGAGGGCCUAUCCGAUCAAUGAGUAUCCUUGCAAAACGAAGAAAGCGGCGGCUAUAAUGCACAUGAUUAUGAAUAACCUGGAUCCGUCGGUGGCUCAGUUUCCCCAGGAGUUGGUGACCUACGGCGGCAAUGGGCAGGUCUUCAGUAACUGGGCGCAGUUCUGGUUGGUGAUGCACUAUCUGUCAGAGAUGACGGAGGACCAGACCUUGGUCAUGUACAGCGGACAUCCCCUUGGUCUUUUUCCCAGUCACCCUGGAGCUCCACGAGUGGUCAUCACCAAUGGGAUGGUCAUUCCCAACUACUCCUCCAGGAAGGAUUACGAGAAGAUGUUUGCUUUAGGAGUCACAAUGUAUGGACAGAUGACGGCAGGGAGCUACUGCUACAUCGGCCCGCAGGGAAUUGUGCACGGCACCGUGUUGACCGUAUUGAAUGCAGGAAGAAGAUACCUUGGAUUAGACGAUCUCGCUGGGAAGGUGUUUGUGACCUCAGGUCUAGGAGGCAUGAGCGGAGCGCAGGCUAAAGCAGCCGCCAUCGUGGGCUGUAUAGGGGUCAUUGCCGAGGUCGAUGAGAGUGCUCUGGUGAAGAGACAUAAGCAGGGCUGGCUGAUGGAGAUAACCACGUCUCUGGAUGAAUGUGUCCACAGGAUCAGAAAGGCGCGGAAGGAUAAGGAGAAGCUCAGCCUGGGAUACCAUGGGAAUAUCGUGGACCUUUGGGAGAGGUUGGUAGAAGAAUACGAGAAGACUGGUGACCUCCUGGUGGAUCUGGGCUCUGACCAAACCUCUUGCCACAAUCCAUUCAGCGGUGGAUAUUACCCGCAGCAGCUACCGUUUAGUGAAGCCAAUCAGAUAAUGUGCAGUGACCCCCAGACCUUCCGCCAGCUGGUCCACGAGAGUUUACGGCGACAGAUCUCUGCAAUCAAUAAGCUGUCCGAUAAGGGGAUGUUUUUCUGGGACUACGGAAAUGCGUUCUUGCUGGAGGCGCAGAGAGCCGGUGCUGAUGUUGAGCUUAAAGGAGGAAGGGGCACAGAGUUCCGAUACCCAUCAUACGUGCAACAUAUCAUGGGAGACAUCUUCUCGCUGGGUUUUGGGCCGUUCCGUUGGGUGUGCACCUCCGCGGAUCCGUCUGACCUCGCAGUCACGGACCACAUUGCAGGCUCUGUUCUGGAGGAUAUGAUUGCAGAAGGAGUCAGCGAUGCGGUCAGGAAGCAGUACAGCGAUAACAUCCGAUGGAUCCGAGAGGCCGGGAGACACAAACUGGUUGUUGGUUCUCAAGCAAGAAUUUUAUACUCCGACCAGAAAGGGAGGAUUUCCAUAGCUGUGUCCAUUAAUAGAGCGGUGGCCACAGGACAAGUAAAGGCUCCGGUGGUGAUUAGCCGAGAUCAUCACGAUGUGAGCGGAACAGAUAGCCCUUACAGAGAAACCUCCAACGUAUAUGAUGGCUCCGCCUACUGCGCAGAUAUGGCGGUACAGAACUUUGUGGGAGAUUCCUUCCGAGGGGCCACAUGGGUUGCUCUUCACAAUGGAGGCGGCGUUGGCUGGGGCGAGGUCAUCAACGGCGGCUUUGGUCUAGUGCUGGACGGAUCUCCAGAGGCUGAGCAAAAUGCUAAAACUAUGCUGAGCUGGGACGUGUCCAACGGGGUGGCCCGCCGCUGUUGGUCAGGCAACAGUAACGCGUACGAUACCAUUACUCGCACUAUGGAGGAGGAUCGGAGUCUGAGAGUGACGCUGCCCUAUGAGAUACGGGACAGGAGCGUGCUGGACGUAGCUCUACGUGAGAAGUGACUAGGCGGAAGUUCCUGACCGCCACCGAUGCAAAUUCAGUUCGUCUCGAUUGCCUCUUCUGUCUAAAAAUUGUGCUCUGUGUUCUUCCUUUUUCCAUAUAUUGAUAGUAAACGGAAGAAUUCUUCUCGAGACUAUUAAAUCAUGAAUAAUCGUUUCAUACGUG